AUGCCUGACCCCCUGAAGUUCUUGCUCCUGUUGCCACAGGGAGCCGGGAGAGCACAGAGCGCUGCUCCCGGUGCCCUGCAGCCACACAAACAUGCUCCUGCUCCUGGCGGAGCCAGAGCUGCUGGGAAAGACAUUUCGGAAGUUUCCUGUGGCUGCAACAAAUUGUUCAAAUCUGCACUGGAGCACCGCUGUGACCUGUCUUUCUCCAUUUUAGGGCAACCAGCUCCUGAAACUGGAAACUCCCCAGCACCUCCUCACCCUACCCCGCAGGCUCUCCUUGUGGGGGUGGGGCGGGGGGAGUUGUCUGGAAUUCCUAGCCUCUCCGUCCAAGCAUGGCAGCCUUGCCCCAUGGGUGGCGCAGACUCAGUUUUCCAUGCACCUUGCCCCAGGGAGGAGGUGGGGGUUCCUUCCAUAGAGAUGGUGAAAAAUAAGGGAGGUAGUGAUCGUCUCUGGGAUCCAGUUAGAUCUGCAUUUGCAGGCAGAAAGAGGCUGGGGCACAUGGAGAGAGUGAUCAACUGGAAGAUUCUAGGGUCCUCAAUUUUGAAAGGUGACAUGAUACUCUGGAAAGGGCAUGAACUUAGUUGUCAGUUCGUCCUUGCCUUUUCCAAUCAAUGCCGUGUGGCCACGGCAAAUUAA